GGAGGUGUCGACUUUUAUGUCAGCUCUGUGUAUAAAAAGCAAGGUGCUUGGUCUCUGAUUUCACACUGCACCACCCUCUCCCUCUCUCUCUCUCUCUCUCUACCCAGAGUUUCUCUUCGUUUUGGUAGUUCAUGCAACUUGAAUAACCCUGAAACCCAACUGCAGGGAAUAUACAUCAGCUGUUGCAAUGCCGGAGCCCACUAAGAAAGCUGGCUCUGCAUUUACAAAGAAACCCAAGACACUUGAGGUGGUCGCAGGGAGCACAGCAGAAUUUCUAGCAGAGACAGCCAAGGCAGAUGCGAAAGUUAAAUGGCAACGGGAUGGUAAAGACAUUCAAACAAAUGAAAAAUACAUCAUUAAAGCAGAAGGAACACAGCACAUGCUCAUAGUAAACAGUGCAAUAAAGGAGGAUGAUGUGGUGUAUGCAGUCAUUAGUGGCACAUCCAAGGUGAAGUUUGAGCUCAAGGUCAAAGAGGAAGGAGGGAAAGAACAGACUCCAGCAAGUCAGGAAAGCCCACAGAAAACUGCACCCCCACCACGAGAACAACAGGAGGAUGUGCCUUUGAGCACACCAACAGAACAAGCUCCAGUUGCAGAAAAAGAUCAAUCAACGAAUGAAACGCCAACAUCAGCACCAGCACCAGCACCUGCCCCAAAAGAAGACAAACCAGAAGAAGCUUCUGCAACUAAACCACAGCCAGAUGAAAAGCUUCCUGAUUCUCGAUCGGCCAGGAAAAAUUCGGUGUGGUCAAGUGGAGAAGGAUCUGCAGAGGAAGCUGAGAAGCACAAUGAUUCAAAACAAUCAACUCUGUUCACUGAAAAGCCUCAAAGUGGCACUGUCACCGUUGGUGACGAUAUCACAUUUGUUGCCAAGGUGGAAGCCAAGGAUCUUCUUCGGAAGCCAAAUAUCAAGUGGUUCAAGGGUAAAUGGAUGGAUCUUGCUAGUAAGGCAGGAAAACACCUUCAGCUGAAAGAAACCUUUGAUCGACUCUCCAGGACUUAUACGUUUGAGAUGAAUAUUAUAAAAGCAAAGGAAAAUUACACAGGGAACUAUCGCUGCGAAGUGACUUGGAAAGAUAAAUUUGACAGUUGUACUUUUGAUCUUGAGGUCAUAGAGGCACCGGAAGUUGCUCAGAUUGACAUCCGAGCUGCUUUCAAGCGCAGGUCUGCAGCAGUAAGUAGUACAGAAGGUCAGGAUGAUGCAGGAGAAUUGGACUUCAGCGGUUUAUUAAAAAAAAGAGAAGUUAAACAAGAAGAAACAGAACCUGAUGUUGACGUAUGGGAGCUUCUGAAGAAAGCCCAGCCUCAUGAGUAUGAAAAGAUAGCAUUUGAAUAUGGCAUCACUGACCUCAGAGGCUUGUUGAAACGCUUAAAGCGAAUGAAGAAAGUGGAAAAGAAAAGUGCUGCGUUUGCAAAGGUCCUGGACCCAGCCUACCAGGUGGAUAAGGGUGAAAAGAUCAAAUUUGUUGUGGAUUUGGCAGAUCCAACAGUUGAACUAAAAUGGUAUCGUAAUGGACAAGAAAUCCGUCCAGGUGGAAGAUUUAUCUUUGAACACAAGGGAACUCAACGUAUGUUGACUAUAAAAAACUGCUCAAUGGCGGAUGAUGCAGCUUAUCAGGUAGUGGCCGGAGAUGAGAAGUGUUCCACAGAAUUGUUUGUUAAAGAGCCUCCAGUUUUAAUCAGUCGUGAGCUGGAAGAUCUAAAUGAGCUGGUUGGUGAGAGGGUGCAAUUAGAAUGUGAAGUUUCAGAAGAAAAUGCCAACGUGAAAUGGUAUAAAAAUGGAAUUGAAAUUUCUAAUUCAAACAAAUACCGCAUCAAAGCUGAAGGGACAAAACACUAUCUCAUCAUCCCUGAAGCAACAAAGGCAGAUUCGGGAUCAUAUUCCGUGAAGACUACCGGUGGCCAAUCUACAGGAGUCCUUAAAGUUGAUUUGAAACCCUUGAAGAUAUUACAAAAUCUAUCUGACCAAAUAGUCAGAUCCGGUAAAGAAGGAGUUUUUCAAUGUGAAUUAUCAGAGGCCAGCAUCACUGGAAAGUGGUAUAAAAAUGGUCAACUGGUCACUCCCAGUGAGCACGUGAAGAUAUCUCACAGAGGAAAAGUUCACAAGCUGAUAAUAGACAAGGUGGCAAUGGAUGAUGACGGUGACUACACUUUCAUCCCUGAAGGUUACUCAACGCAAUUGUCAGCUAAUCUUCGUAUGAUUGAUGCUCCAAAGCUCCACCUUGACAAUAUUCCCAAGCCACCGGAAAACUUUAUAACAGUCGUGGCUGGCAACAAGCUCAGAGUGGAGAUACCUGUCACAGGAGAACCAGCACCAAGAAUUGUCUGGAUGAAAGGUGAAAAGGUGAUUUUGGACACAGGCAGUAGAGUGAAAGCUGAAUCUUUCCCUGAUCACACCUCAUUGACGAUUGAAUCAGCUGAGAAAGACGAUUCAGGAACAUACAACAUUGUAGUACAGAACGAAGCUGGCGAAGAUACCGCUCAAUUGAAAAUAAAGGUAGUUGAUGCACCAGAUCCACCUGCACCACCAGUAGUCAGUGAUGUGGGAGGUGACUAUUGCACAAUGACAUGGAACCCUCCAGAUUACGAUGGGAGCUCACCCAUUUUAGGUUACAUCAUUGAAAGAAAGAAGAAACAAAGCUCUCGUUGGAUGAGACUGAACUUUGAUCUAACCAAAGACCUGGUGUUUGAACCCAAGAACAUGAUUGAAGGCAUUUCAUAUGAAGUACGUGUGUUUGCUGUCAACGCUAUAGGAAUGUCUAAGCCCAGUGAGCCUUCAAAGUCUUUUGUCCCACUUGCUCCGACCAGUGAGCCCACACUGCUCGUAUGUGAUGGGGUCACAGACAGCACCGUAUCACUCAAGUGGCGGCCUCCUGAACGUAUUGGAGCUGCAGGCUUAGAUGGCUAUGCUAUUGAAUACUGCUUUGAAGGAACGGAUGAGUGGAUAAGAUCAAAUGAUGAGCUGAUAGAACCGACGAAGUACACAAUAACUGGCCUGCCAACUGGGAAGAAAAUCCAAGUGAGAGUCAAGGCCGUAAAUGCCGCUGGUGAAAGUUUGCCUAAUACAAUAUCCCAGUCUAUUUUAGUUAGAGAAGUUGUGGAACCUCCUAAAAUCCGUCUCCCUCGUCAGCUGAAGCAAACCUUCAUCCGAAAAGUUGGAGAAGUUGUGAAUCUGCUGAUACCUUUCCAGGGUAAACCAAGACCAAAAGUUAUCUGGAAAAAGGAUGGAGAGCCCUUGGAUUUAACCAAAGUCAGUAUCCGUAACACUGAAUCAGAUACUGUGAUAUUCAUCCGUAAAGCAGAGCGGAGUCACUCUGGCAGAUAUGAACUAAUAGUUCAAGUGGAGAACCUUGAGGACAAGGCCAGAUUGGACAUUCAGAUAGUGGAAAAACCUCAGCCACCACUGGUUGUGAAGAUCAUGGAUGUGUGGGAUGGUAAUGUUGAAUUGGCUUGGAAUCCACCAAAGGACAAUGGAAACGCUGAGAUCGUUGGCUACACAAUUCAGAAAGCUGAUAAAAAGACUAUGGAAUGGUACACAAUAGUGGAGCACUACCACAGAACCAACUGUGUCAUAACUGAUCUAAUUGUAGGAAACGAAUAUUUCUUUCGAGUCUUUUCUGAAAACAUGUGUGGUCUGAGCGAUGAUGCCACCAGGACGAAGGACGCUGCUUUGAUCCGGAAAGAGGGUUUGGCCUUAAAGACCCCCAAGUACAAUGAAUAUGACUUCACAGAGGCACCUAAAUUUACCCAUCCUUUGAUCGACACUAUAGCUGUGGCUGGAUACAAUGCUACACUGAACUGCAGUGUACGGGGAAAUCCUAAGCCUAAAAUAUUUUGGGCAAAGAACAGGAUACAAAUCGAGGGUGACCCUCGAUACAGGAUGUUCUGUAACCAAGGAGUCUGCACAUUGGAGAUUCGCAAACCCUGCCCAUAUGACGGCGGGUUAUACACCUGUAAAGCUAUUAAUACCCUUGGUCAGGCUGAGGUGGACUGCAAGAUGGAAGUCAAAGUCGCGCAAUAAGGAUUUGUGAUUGUAUAUGUUCAUCCAGAUACAUCAAGGCAGAAACCACGAAGGGAUAUGAAGAUCACAAGGAUUUUGCAUACUUUAGUCACAUGUAAUAUUAUAGAUAUGUAACCCACCAAGUGAAAUAGAAAAAUUCUAUCGAUUCUAUUUUCCAUCUUACUUCAAUCCAUUACACUUAAAAAUUGCAAUACAUUUAGGAAUACAGUGGGAAAUGAUUUAUCUGAACAGUAUUUAUCUGAACUGACCAGUUAUACAAAGCCAGUUGCAGUUGCCAACAAGUCCUGAAUGUAUAAUUUGGUUAAUCGUGCUGGAUAUUAGUUUCUGGUCUGGACAAAUUCUAGAAAUCUAUAGCAGGUCAAUCAGCAUCAGAAAGGGAAAGGUAGAUUACUGUUUCCAGCAAACCAUUCUGAACAGGUUACCUCCUCUUCUGUUAGAGAUUCUGAUUGACUGGCAGUGGAUUUCGAGCAUUUGUUUCUAGUUUUGUUUCAGAAUUCCCACAUCUGCAAUUUUUCUCAUUUUCAUUUUAAGGUAUUAUAUAAUGAGGUAUAGCACUGUCAUUAAUUUGGAAUUUUUUUCCCCCCCUAACUGUUCAGAUAAGCAAUGCUCCAUUGUCUUCUAUUCAUGUUAUUCUAUUCGGCACAUUAUUCAUACGUUUACAAGAACAAGGAUUUUUGCUUCAAGUCUGCUUUAAUUUACGGACGCAAGUUGAAGUCUAAAAUGAUUCCUACUUGGUGGACUUAAAAUGAUGACAACUGGUAACGGAACAUAGUAGAUUACUUUGUGGGAUUCGUAAGUUGAUCAAAUCCUUCAGAUAACUGGUUGUGUGUCACACUGACCCACUGGAACGCGACUUGGAUGCCUAUCUCCUCCUUCCUUCAACUACAGUCCAGCUACAGUAAGCUGGACCUGGGUUAGAUUCCUGGACAGGGUAUAAUGUUAGGCAAGU